UCAUCUUCCUCAACUUCCUUCCCUUUCUCCUGCAGCAAACUCCCCAUUACAAAGGAGGCCAUGGUGCUGCUCACUGCCCUCUUGCUGUCCCUCGUCUUCCUCGCCUCCCUCGCCAACAUACUCUUCCGCUUGCCCCCGAAGAAGCUCCCCGCGCUGCUCCGGACCCUCUUCGCGGAGCACCCUCCCGCCGCCGCUGCAUCGCCCGCCGCGUCCGGCAAGUCGGAUGGCGCCGCCGCCGUGGCGGCGACGGUGCUGGAGCAGCCGAGGAAGGAGCAGCGGCCGGAUAUGAGCGCGGAGAGGAGGACGGAGCUCAGGCGGGUGUUCGCGACGUUCGACAGGAACGGCGACGGGCACAUCACGAGGGAGGAGCUGAGGGAGUCACUGCGGGGACUCCGGAUCUCCGUGUCGGACGCGGAGGUGGAGGAGGCGGUGACCGGGUCCGACGCCAACGGGGACGGCCGCAUCGACCUGGACGAGUUCUGCGGCCUCCUGGAGUCCAUGUCCGCCGUCGAGAAGGCCGGCGGCGGCGGCGACGGCGACGGGGAGGCGGAGCUGAAGGAGGCGUUCGACGUGUUCGACAGGGACGGGGACGGGGUGAUCACGGUGGAGGAGCUGGGGCGGGUGCUGUCGUCGCUGGGGAUGAGCGAAGGGAAGAGGGCGGAGGCGUGCGAGGAGAUGAUCAGGAAGGUGGACGUGGACGGAGACGGGAUGGUCAACUUCGACGAGUUCAAGAGGAUGAUGAGGGGCGGGCAAACGCUUCUCGUCUCUGCAUAUUGAGUCCUUUUUUUUGGGGCCGACCCUUUACUCCGUUUCCCUUGUAUUCUCCGCCUCCCCAGUCAUCAAGUGUCAUGCAAGAACGCCAACGAAUGGUGUACACUGUACAGGCAACUGAUAUAACCUAGAAGAAGACCGGUCACUUCAAGUGUCGAUGGAGUCCUCGCAAGGAUCAGAUGUCCGAGAACGGGGUCCAUCACAACCGUAAGAUCAAAGUUCCGAAUAGUGUUUCGUGGGUGUCUCUCGAGGGGAUCCGACAGUCAUCGAGGCGUCGACGGAGAAACCUCGAGCGUUAGGUAAUAGAUACAUAAUCCUAUUUACUAUGAGGGGUCACCUGUUCAUCAGGGAAUCUCUUGCAGUGUUGUAUAGUUUUGUUCUUUCCUUCCUUGGGUUUUAACCUAGAAAUUUGAUAGAAACCAACCAGUAGGCAUCGUGUUGAUCGUUAGAACAGUGGUCCUGUGGUCAGAAUAGAAUGGGACGGUCGCGGCCCUUGCGGGGGUAGCAACAGAAUUUGACUCCCCGGAUGGAGUUUGAUGAUUUCUUCGUUCUUCUUCUUCUUUUUGUCCAUUUUAUGCACAGGCCGAGUCAAGGGGUGGAAGGGCUUGCCCAGUCAAAUGUACUUCGUGGACAUUUCGCGUCACCAGUUUCGACAAUUUCAUUCUCAAUCUUAUAUAUGACUCAACUUAUAGAAA